AUGGCUUCUGAGAACUCAGCUUCGGAGCCUGUACAGGAUUCAUCUGGCACCCAGGUCCUAGACAAGAUUGUGUCGGCGUCCAACUUUGACCGAGAUGAGGUUGAUAGGUUACGGAAACGCUUCAUGAAACUGGAUAAAGAUAAUUCUGGCACGAUCGAACGAGAUGAAUUUCUUUCUCUACCACAAGUUUCGUCCAACCCCUUGGCUACUCGAAUGAUCGCAAUUUUCGAUGAAGAUGGCGGUGGUGACGUCGACUUCCAAGAAUUCGUGUCAGGAUUAUCAGCAUUUAGCUCCAAGGGGAACAAAGAGGAGAAGCUUCGAUUUGCGUUCAAAGUAUAUGAUAUUGAUCGUGACGGGUACAUAUCAAACGGCGAACUGUUUAUUGUUCUGAAAAUGAUGGUUGGCAGCAAUUUGAAGGACAAUCAACUACAACAAAUAGUAGAUAAGACGAUCAUGGAAGCUGACCAAGACGGAGAUGGAAAAAUAAGCUUUGAAGAAUUUACCAGGAUGGUUGAGAACACAGACAUCAGUAUGAGCAUGACUUUGGGUAAGUCUAUGAUUUCCCCUAUCCGUAUCUUGCCCCAUGGUGUCAUUCCAAGUGAAGUGAUCAAUGUCGCCGUUGUCUAA